AUGCUGGCCAAUUCGAUACUACUACGCGGCAUCAGCACAUCGAGUUUGGCGGCUCGUUCUACACGAUGGGUCGAUCGACACGAAAUCGCGUACCCUGUCUUCGGCAAAGAGCCUCGCUGGACGUCAAUUGAUAAAGCGUUUGAUGGGUUAAAAUCAGGCUCCAACAUUUUUGUCCAUGGCAUUGCGGCCACCCCGACCCCUUUAUUAAAGGCGCUUUGCGCCCACGUCGUGGGAAAUGACCUGAAAAACAUCAAACUGCACCACCUGCAUUUGGAAGGAGAGACCCCAUGGUUGGAACCGGAAGUCCGAGACCGGAUUCGCUCCAAUUCGCUAUUCACGGGCGCCAACCUCCGAGCAGCCGUCAGCGAAGGGUUCGCCGAUUUUAACUCUUGCUUUCUACAUGAAGUGCCUAUGCUAUUCCGAAAAGGGGUUAUCAACCUUGACAUUGCGCUGAUUCAGGUCUCGCCCCCAGAUGCAAAUGGAUUCUGUUCAUUGGGUACUUCAGUCGAUACGGCCCGCGCAGCCAUUACAAAUGCAGAUCAUAUUAUCGCCCUCGCCAACAAAAACAUGCCGCGAACAUUCGGCGAUGGCCUAAUCCACGCGUCGCAUUUUGACGUUCUGGUUGAGGACAAUACGCAUAAACUACACGAGAGACAUUUUUCAAAAGGACCCAGUGAUCAGGCCGCGACAAUCGGGAAAAUUAUUGCGGACAAUUUGGUGGAUAAUGGCGCGACAUUGCAAAUGGGUAUUGGCGGGAUUCCCGAUGCGGCCUUAGCCGCCCUACAAGACCACAAAGAUUUGGGAAUCCACACGGAAAUGUUUUCCGACGGUGUGCUGCCGUUGCUCCAAAAGAACGUGAUCACGAACGGGAAUAAGAUUAUUCACCCGGGUAAGCUGGUUGUCUCAUUUGUCUACGGGUCUACGGAGCUCUACAAUUUCCUGCACGACAAUCCGCUCGUCGAGUUUGGGGAUGUGCAAUGGGUAAACGAUCCAGCCAUUAUUCGUCAAAAUCCUAAAGUAACAGCUAUCAAUUCGGCGGUGGAGAUUGAUCUAACGGGACAAGUGGUGUCGGAUUCGGUGGGGAAGCGCUUCUUGUCCGGCUUCGGCGGCCAAGUCGACUUUAUUCGGGGCGCAGCCGUUUGCGAUGAUGGAUUGGGUCGCCCAAUUAUUGCUCUACCCUCAAUCACUGCAAAGGGCACAUCGAAAAUCGUCCCCUACUUACAAGAGGGAGCCGGCGUCGUCACCUCCCGAGCCCAUGUCCACUACGUUGUCACCGAGUUCGGCAUCGCGCAACUCUGGGGAAAGAAUAUGCGCCAAAGGGCUUACGAGCUGAUUAAGAUUGCUCACCCAAGCACGCGCGAAAAUCUGGAAAAAGAAGCCUUCAAGCGUCUAAAGGUGAUGCCGUCGGCUGAU